AUGGGAAAGACCGUUCAAUUAUCAAAAGAGAAUCCAUUUGGCGAAAGGAAAGCCGAAGUACAUGCAUUGACUCGAGCAGAAGAAGAAGCUUGCUACAAAGAUCUCAAAGAGAAGGCCCUCGAAUACUGCCAAUCGUCAAUCAAGGAGUUUGUCGAGUGCAGCAAAGAGCACAACGUUACGGUGAUGUGGACGUGUCGUGAUAAGCUAAAGGCCAUGAACACUUGUUUAAAUAGUCGGACUUCUCGUGAAGAAUUGGACAAGCUCAAGUUGGCCAAAUUAGCAGCAAAACGAGCUGAAAGAGAGCAGCAACAGUAG